GUCGGAGAGAGCACGCCCGGAGAGGAGAACGGCGGAAAGACAGGCGAAGAGCCCGGAGAAGCGUGCUAACCGGCUUUCUGUGCACCCAGCGUCUCCUAAAUAGCAUCCGGAUCGAGCAGAAAGAGCUAUCAAUACCCUUCACCGCAUGCUCCCCCCACGCUGAGUAUUCCUUCCCCUCCCCUGUGUUGAGCCUUCGCUCACCAGCAUGUCGGCCGCACAGGUCUCCUCCUCACGCCGCCAGUCGUGUUACCUGUGUGACUUGCCACGGAUGCCAUGGGCUAUGAUCUGGGACUUCACUGAGCCAGUUUGUCGCGGCUGUGUCAACUAUGAGGGGGCAGAUCGAAUAGAAUUUGUCAUUGACACUGCUCGGCAACUGAAACGCAGCCACAGUUUCCAGGAUGGUCGUUCACCUGGACCCCAGGGCCCCGGCUCAGGAGCAGCCAACAAACAGCACCCAGCUGUGCAGGCAGCCCUCACAGCAAAAGAUACUGCCCAGCUAAACCAUUUAGAUGGGGCUACUAAGGCAGCAGCUGCCUCUGGGCUGGAGAGAUACGGAUUGGCCACAGAUCGAGGUCGCUUCGAGUACACAUUAACUGCUCGGCUUCCCAAUGGCCUUAAUGGGUUCCCCAAGCCAGGGGAGGAUGGCCCCCCAGAGCUGAACAGGCAGAGUCCCAACUCACGCGGCCGAACAGGUCAUGGGCUAAUCCCACAACUGGUGCCAGGGCAGCUGAGUGUGCCUCCUAAUCUUCUACCCCAGACCCUUCUUAAUGGACCACCAUCAGGCACUCCAUCAGGAGCUCCUCAUGUUCUGGGAAGGGGUCCUGCAAGUUCCAGUGGCCUAAGUGUUCCACCUACAGCCUCUUCAUCUGGUGACCCCAAGCGUCCAGGAUCUGUAUCUAGUACUGACCAGGAGCGAGAGCUCAAGGAAAAGCAGCGAAACAGUGAGGCUCUUUCUGAACUGACAGAGAGCCUACGUAAUAGAGCAGAAGAGUGGGCAGGGAAGCCUAAAGCAGUGAGAGAUGCAUUGCUCACUCUAUCUGCCUGUACACCCUUUGAUGUUCGCUUCAAAAAGGACCACAACUUGCUGGGGAGAGUCUUUGCAUUUGAUGCUGCAUCAAAGCCAGGCCUGCUGGAUUAUGAAUUGAAACUGUUUGUUGAAUAUCCCAGUGGCUUACUUAAUGUGUUUAGUUCUGCCUCUGGUGUAGCCAAACAAAUGUAUCAGGACUGCAUGAAGGACUUUGGUCGUGGUCUGUCAUCUGGUUUUAAAUACCUGGAAUAUGAGAAAAAGCAUGGUUCUGGAGACUGGCGUUUGCUUGGGGACUUGCUUCCAGAAUCUGUGCGCUUUUUUAAAGAAAUGGUAGGGGCCGAUAUGUUACCCCAACCCUACCUUGACCCUGGGUGUCCCAUGCUGCCCAGCGCACUUGUAAAUCUGCCACGGGCACUGGCUGCAGCUGCAGCUGCCUCAUCAUCAGCUGGUGGCAGUGGGCAGGCCAGAAGUGGUGUAAGGAAACGCAAACCCUCCCCAGAACCAGACUCAGCCGAUGGACAAAUGUGGAUAACUGGGCAGCCUGAUGGUAUAAAACAACUAAGCAUGGCAGCUGCAGGAGGCACACCAUCUUCUUCAUCUGCAGCCUAUGGUGUACCUUCUGUUCCUCCCCCACCGCUAGGCCCUGGCCACCCACAGCGCACAACCCCACCUGAGAGUGCACCUCCAAAUGGUCCAUCUCCUAUGGCAGCACUUCAGUCAGUUACAGACACUCUGGGCACUGCCCACUCCCCCAAGGAUGGGCAGACAGGUGGUGUACCACCAGUUCACUCCACCACUUCAUCAGCCCGCAGAAAUAGCAGCAGCCCAGUUUCACCUGCAUCGGUAACAGGACAAAGACGUCUUAACUCCCGCAAUGGUGCAGGUUCAGCAGACCUGAGUCUUCAAGUGGCACCUGCUGGGGGUGCCCCUCAUCCUGGAAUGGACCAAGUGCAUCCCCAGAAUAUUCCUGAUUCCCCCAUGGCUAACAGUGGCCCUCUGUGCUGCACCAUUUGUCAUGAGCGUCUAGAGGACACACACUUUGUCCAGUGUCCAUCUGUGCCCAGCCACAAAUUCUGCUUUCCCUGUUCUCGUGACAGCAUUAAAGCCCAAGGGGCAACUGGUGAAGUCUACUGUCCCAGUGGGGAGAAGUGCCCCUUAGUGGGUUCUAAUGUACCGUGGGCAUUCAUGCAAGGGGAAAUUGCCACCAUCCUGGCAGGGGAUGUCAAGGUGAAAAAGGAGAGGGACCCUUAGGAACUCCGGUAAAUCAUGGUCACCUGUUCUGUGCAAGGGGUCCCCUGCCCCUUUUGUGUAUAUGUUCAGCUCCCCACCAAUAACCUGCAAACCAAAGACAGGUUCUAAUGGAUGGGGAUUUGUGAGAGAAAAGAACCAGAAUGUUGCUCUGCAAAAUGGAAUGUAAUGAGGCAAAUCUUUCCCUUUAUCCCUAACACAUUCCCAAAAUGCCUCCAUGUGGAAACAUACUAAAGGAACCUACUGGUUUGCAGAUGUAACUUUGAGAGCAGGACACCUACAGUGUGCAGUGAAUCGGUUACUGGCAUUAGGGAAUUGUUUGAAGAGACACCAUAAAACUCAAUGGUUUUUAAUCUUUGGCCUCCAAGGGGUAAUGCAGUGACAUUUGUAAUUAUCAUGGAAAUACAGACAUGCCUAAGGAAUGAGCACUAGAGCACCCAAGAAUACUCCAACCACUUAACCAAAUGGCAAGAGGCAUGUUGGUGGGUGCAAGUUGCUCUCUCGCACAGCCUUAUGCAGAAUCGAAGGGUGACUCUUGGGCAGAACAACAUUUAUAAACUUAGUCUUACUUAUACAACAAUUUUGUGGUGUUUCUACAUUUGGAAACACAGAUAAUGUAUACUUCAUUUGAAGGGUGCAACAAAUGAUUUUUGGUUACAGUGGGAUAUCUGUCCUUGUAUCUUUUUUUUUUUUUUUUUUUUUCUUCCUGUUUAUUUUUUGUCUUUUCUGAACAGCUUUUGUGGCAGUGUCCACCCGAUAAAGGUUUAUAGCACUUAGCAAUGCUGCUGGUGUGUCAUUUCUGUAAAUGCACGCACUUUUUAAGGCCCAGGGGCAAACAGUGACCUUGUUAAGUAAAACAUAGAGGAAGAGUCUUGUUUGUGAGAACCUGUGUGUGACAAAUUCAGUUUUAUUUCCUCUCCCCUUUUUCUGUGCCAGCCCUUCCUGCAGGAGGAAAGAUGUUUAAUCCCAUGUAAUUAUUAGAUUGCAGGUUUCUGCAGGUCUAUAGAAUGCAGUUGUAAUUGUUGUAACCCAUUGAAUCCUGGCACUAGCUGAUCUGUCCCCUGGCUAGUGAAGUUAUACUUUUAUUUUCCCCUCCUGCACGGAUGCUUUGAGCAGUAGAGCAAGUUGCUGUAUAUACAUUUAGGGUGGAAUAGGCUUUCUCUUUGUCCAGAAUACAUUUCUGUAGUAUAACAGACCACUGUUAUGUGCCUUGGAGCUGAUUACAUUGUAAUAAAUCUGAUUCAUAUGACUUUACGAAA